AUGAGGAGCGCUGGUCUGAUCCUGAUCCUCGUCCUCCAUCUGGGCUUCAGCCACGGCCUGCUCAGGGUGGCGUUGCGUCAGUACCCAUCCGUGCGCAGUCGUCUGAGAGCCUCGGCUCAGCUGGAGGAGUUCCUGAAGCAGCACCAGCCGGACAUGUUCUCCCGCCGCUAUGUGCAGUGCUUCCCCCCCGCUCAACACUUCCUGCGUGGGCGAAGAGUCACCGAGAGACUCUACAACUUCAUGGACGCUCAGUUCUUCGGUCAGAUCAGUCUUGGCAGACCGGAGCAGAACUUCACUGUGGUGUUUGACACCGGCUCCUCUGACCUGUGGGUGCCCUCGUCCUACUGCGUCAGCCAGGCCUGCGCUCUGCACAACAAGUUCAAGGCCUUUGAGUCGAGCACAUACACACAUGACGGACGCGUCUUUGGCAUCCAUUACGGCUCCGGGCACCUGCUGGGGGUGAUGGCCAGAGACGAACUCAAGGUGGGCUCGGUGCGUGUGCAGAAUCAGGUGUUUGGCGAGGCGGUGUACGAGCCGGGCUUCUCCUUCGUGCUGGCCCAGUUUGACGGUGUUCUGGGUCUGGGUUUCCCUCAGCUGGCCGAGGAGAAGGGCUCUCCUGUGUUCGACAGCAUGAUGGAGCAGAACAUGCUGGACCAGCCCGUCUUCUCCUUCUACCUCACGAAUAACGGCUCAGGGUUUGGAGGAGAGCUGGUGUUUGGGGGAAUGGACGAGUCCCGCUUCCUCCCUCCCAUUAACUGGAUUCCGGUCACACAGAAGGGCUACUGGCAGAUCAAGCUGGACGCUGUGAAGGUUCAGGGUGCUCUGAGUUUCUGCUAUCGCAGUGUUCAGGGUUGUCAGGCUAUCGUGGACACAGGAACGUCUCUGAUCGGCGGUCCGGCAAGAGACAUCCUGAUCCUGCAGCAGUUUAUAGGAGCGACACCCACUGCCAAUGGAGAG